AUGGACGACACCUUUCCGGACACUCUCAAAAGACCGCGUUCAGAAGCGGUAGCCUUUGGCAGCGAGCCCCUACUGACUCGACCGGAUGGCACCGUCGUCAACCUAGCCAACGGCUACGUCCCACUCCUAUCGAACUUCACUUUUGAAGACAAAGCCGCUAAGGGCUUGCGGAAACGCAAAGCCAGAGAUGAGCGGGAGGUCCCGGUCUACUUCUCCGCCGUCGAGCUUGUACGCGACAACAGGAUCUUGCUUCUGACGGGCCCGAGUGGAAGCGGGAAAACCACAUUCGCGAAAUAUGUUAGCUACCGGCUGGCGACGGACGGCUUUCGGUAUUCCCGUGCAGUAGUUCGCAAUGAGCUGGGAGAUUUGCACGAAGAGAAAUGGGAAACUCGCAAGCUUGAGCCCUACUACUUCCUCGUUGAUGGAGCCAACUCUUUCCGGACCUUUGUGGACAAAACUGUCCCAGAAUUAUUGGCGCUGAAUGGAGACCGGGAAAUCGGGUUUCAAAUCAUCAUAGACGAGGUCGAUAAGACUGAGAGUGAGGGAAUUGAGCUUCUGGGCUCCUUUAGUGCCUUGGUAGAGUCGGCCAACAACACCCGGCUUCUUCUACUCGGGGACACCAGAGUUUGCAGCUACUGGAUGCUGCCGUCAGUCAUGGCUCGUCAUGCCAUAUUACCGCUUCUGUUAAACCAAAAAAAGCGAGCAGCUGACGAGCUUUUGGGUCUAAAGGAGAUUCAGGACGGCAUAGCUUUGGGCCACUCAGCGUCGAAUCCUGCCUUAUUCGCGUUGGCACUUCAAGCUGGAUGUGCGGCCGAACAGGCGGAAGAUAUUUUCGAUGAGUGGGUUAGGGCUGUCGAAUCGAAAAUGCCUCCCGCAACAUCCCUUUCAUUAAAGGCACACGAGGAGGCGGUGAGAACCAGAGCCGUUGAACCGCGAAGCAGGUUGGAUUUGCCGACAUCAUUGUUGACUCCGGCCUGGUCCUGUAACGCAGUUCAGCAAUUGCUUGCAGCUCAACACCUAUCAACUCUCCCGUUCGAAGAAGUACUCGCCUUCUACUAUGAGGACCCGAUCUCUUCACAACCAGUCAUGAGAAGUUGUUUGGUCCGUCUAGCAGGUUCUCACAAAGCGGAAACACUGUUAGGGCGGCUACUUGACGGGGCGUCACCAGAAUCUCACCGCGCUGCCCUGCUUGUUGCCGACCUCGUUCCCAAAGGCUCACAAUUGGAACAGUCGGUAAUAAGACUGGUGCUGGAAGUCGUGGAAAGAGGCUUAUUGACUCCGAAGGAGCGUGAGAAAGCUGGACGCAUUCUUUCCUCUCUGGGCGACCCCCGCAACCUCACAGGCCUCGCACAAAUACCCGCUGGAACCUUCGUCAUGGGCUCUGAAAGUCAUCCCAACUCACACCCACCAAACUCUAUCUCACUCGGUAGUUUCCGGAUUGGCAUCUAUCCAGUCAUCAACAGGGACUAUUCGGCGUUUUCUCAUGAGACCGGCCGAGACUGGCUUAGCCCGGAUGGGACGGACCCGGAAAGGUUAAACGCGCCAGCGACAGAUCUUACCUGGCACGACGCGCGGGCUUACUGUAGGUGGCUGACUGAACGAUGGCGGUUGAACGGGGAAUUAACCACAAACGACGAGGUCAGGCUUCCUACAGAGCCCGAGUGGGAGCGGGCGUGUCGCGGAGACCAGUUUGAGGCUGGCAGCGAGGGGCUGGUGUAUCCCUGGGGCACUGAGUGGGAAGCCGAUGGUGCAAACUCAGAGGAGGUCGGUUUCAAUAACACUUGUGCAGUUGGCUUGUUUCCGAGGGGUCGCUCGCCCUACGGUUGCUACGAUAUGGCGGCACAGGUAUGGGAAUGGUGCACGACUCUUUGGGGCGAAGAUAUGGCAAGCCCGGCGUUCAAGUACCCGUGGAAGAAUGAUGAACGAGAGGCUUUGCAAGGCCCAGAGAAGAUUCGUCGGGUAUUACGCGGGGGAUGUUUCUCUAGCCCAAAAGCCAAAGCCAACUGCACGUACCGAGGGAGUCUUGAACCAGCGGGGUUCUGGAGGGGGAACGGGUUUCGAAUUGUCGUCGCGCCGCGUUCUCCUCAGUAA